UGUAAUAUCUCUGGCCAAACUCCUAACUGGAGUAAAUCAGCUAUUUUUCAGUUCUCAUGUUCCUCAGCAGGUAAGAGAUGACAUUAAAAGCAUUUUUCCAGUAGCUAAUUUGGAUGAUAGCUUCACUCAUUUAGGUCAUCCUCUCAUUCUUCCUGCUAACAAUAGAGCAGCUGCUUACAACUUUGUCUUAGAUAAAUUUCUUAACAAGCUGCCUUCCUAUAAAGCUAAUAUGCUUUCUCAUGCUGCUAGAUUGGAAUUAAUCCGUUCUGUUUUCUCGGCCAUUCCAGUUUAUUACAUGACCAAUAUUUUAUUCUCAAAAAAGUUCAUUGCUAAACUUACUGCAGUAAUCAGAAACUUCUGGUGGACAGGUAUUAGAGAAACAGAUUCCAGGAAAAGUCUUUGCCUUCGUGCUUGGAAGGACAUUUCAAAUUCAAAAACAGAAGGAGGAUUGGGUAUCAGAAACUUGAAGGCAAUUAAUGAAAGUCUAAUUCUAGCUACGGCUUGGAGGGUACAACUAUCAAGUCUGAUCUCAUCAUUAAAGGGAAUAAAAUUUAUUCUAAUGCGGCCUUUCGAUCUUCAAAAAUUCCAGGAAUCUAAAUGGAGUGGCUCACAAUCUUGCACAACAGGUGUACCAGGCUUCAGAUCAGCCACUCAUGAUUUGCUCUACAAGAUCACAUGACACAAACCUCUGUCCUGUUGCGGCUGCUCUAGCUCAAUUCUCUGGCACAGGGUUCCAACUACACAAGGUGUAUUGCUACUAAAAACAGCACUCAAAGCAAGGGUCCUCCUGCCUGCAAGAAUAGUUGGACUCUGGUGUUACCACAAGCAUAUGACAACACAUCUCUACCGGUGCUGUUGGUCUUUUCUUUAAGCUGCAGUUCAUCUGGUUGAUUAGUUUUCAACCUAUCUCUGCUUCUCCAUUGCAGCCUCUUUUUCGGGCUCUGUCUCUUAUUCUUCAGUCUGUUGCCCCUGUAACUUGUAAUGACCCCAUAAGCUGUCAAUGGAAAUUUAGGCACCUUUCAGGUGCCUUGCUUUGUUCAAAAAAAAUGUCGUACAACAUCGGAUGAAAAGUUGUCACUACAUGUAGCACUGCUCAGUGAUUGGGCGUCUGCGUAGUGGAGUAGAUCACUUAAUUGCAGCACGACCACUUGCUUAGUGGACUAGAUCAG